UUGAAUUUGAACAUCUGAACGCCGUUUGCUCCGGGUCGUCACCAUCGGACGGCCAUGACGAUGCAGGCGCGCGACCCGACGGAGCUGCUGUCGACUGAGGGCAAGGAGAACUCGGCGGCCGGCGGCAACCAGACGUCGGCCACAAUGCGGGCCAAGCGACGCAGCAGCAGCGACGCGUCACGCCGCGUGUACGACAGCGACCGGUUCAAGCUUGUGCAGAGUCGUCGAGGCAGCGGGGCGGCCAGCCCCGGCCACGCGUUGCAGGCUAACAACCAGGACGAGAACGUAGAUAUGGAUCGGCCAGUCGAUACAGUGCCACCGCCUGCUCCGGCCGCGCAGAAGAAGAAGAAGGAGCCCACACCACAGCCGGUCGUGCCGGAUCAAAUCCUCGAGGCGUACUUGGACACGCAGGGCUACGUCAAGACACGCACGUACAUUAAGGGCAAGUUCCUGGGCAAGGUGCGUGCUCGCUAGCUAGUGUUGCAGGCGUUUUUGAUGCUGAUUCACUUGAGCUUUAUGCUGUUUAGGGAGGUUUUGCUCGAUGUUACGAGGUAAAAUGUGACCAGACGGGCAAGACUUACGCAGGCAAAGUGGUGGCCAAGAGCUCGUUGGUGAAGCCCAAGGCCAAACAGAAGUUUACGUCGGAAAUCAAGAUUCACAAGUCGCUGCAUCACCCGCAAGUGGUACAAUUCGAACAUUUCUUUGAAGACUCGGACAACGCGUACAUUCUGCUGGAGUUAUGUCGAAACCAGUCCUUGUCGGACUUGAUGCGAAGGAGGAAGAGAUUAUCCGAGAGUGAGGUCAGAUUUUACAUGAGGCAACUGGUGGAGGGACUGGCGUAUCUGCACGAAAAUCUAGUGAUCCACCGCGACCUGAAGUUGGGGAAUCUGUUCCUCACGUCGGAUAUGCGACUGAAAAUCGGAGAUUUUGGACUGGCCACCAGACUGGAUAAUCCGGAAGACCGCAAGCGUACAAUGUGCGGAACACCCAACUACAUUGCGCCAGAAAUUUUGAGUGGGCAGCGUGGUGACGGACACAGUUUUGAAGUGGAUAUUUGGUCCACGGGCGUGGUUAUGUACACUUUAUUGGUCGGCCGACCUCCUUUUGAGACAGAUGAUGUCAAAGCCACGUACAAACGUAUCCGUGCUAAUCAGUACGAGUUCCCAGACACUGUACAUGUUUCGCGUUCAGCGCAGUCGCUUAUUCGCGGUAUUUUACGAAGUGAUCCGGGCGCACGACCAUCUUUAGAGCAGAUUUUGAAGCACCCGUUCUUGGCUGAUGAGUUCGUGCCCACGGCGCUGCCCAGGACGGCAUUACUGGUCACUCCGCCAUCGUGCAAGCCUCAGUCGUUCGCUAGUCGACACAGUGACAGCGAUUUUGCGAGAUCAACUGGAGUUCGUGUUCCACCGCCACCAGCAGCGUCGAAGAGGUAUCCGUUAAAGACACGAGAUGAGAACCAACGCGCUUCUGACCCAGGGACGUCACCGCUGGCGCGAUCACAGCCUCCUGCUUAUAAGCGCGAUGGAUCAGGAAGAUCUUCAGGCAUUUCUAGCUCCAGCCGAAGGACAGCGACGCACGCAGGAACAGCGGAGACGUCACAAAACGUCCUGGAAGCAGCAUAUAAGUCACUGUCCCGGUUCUUUUACCUUCAAGAACACAGUAGUAAUGGCAGCGAUGGGAGAUUAAGUGCAUCUUCCUCUGCUGCGAGUAUCGUUGCGGAGGCUCAAAAGCUAAAGCAGAUUCGCGAUGAAGCUGAAGAGAUUCAGCCGCUUAUUCCUACCACUCUGUGGAUCUCUCAAUGGGUCGAUUACACGUCCAAGUACGGCAUUGGCUACAUGCUCUCGAAUGGCGGAUCGGGCGUGUAUUUCAAUGACUCGACGAAGAUGAUUUCGUCGGCUGAUGGGAAAGUUUUCGCGUACAUUGAGCGCCAGAGCAGUCAAAAUCCAGGACCAGAACCACAAAUCCGAUACACGAUGGAUAAUUACGACCCAGCUCUGAACAAGAAGGUUACUCUUCUUGGUCACUUUAAGGGCUAUUUGGUGGACGCUCGUGCGGAGAAUGACGAAGCGGAUACCCUAGAAAGUCAACUCGCCCGCUCUUUCGUGCUCUCGUCUCGAGAAGUUGGCACCGAUACAAAUUCUAGUGACGAAGGAGCGAGUCAAUCGAUGGUGUUUGUUAAGAAGUGGGUCAAGACUCGUCAUGCCGUGCUCUUCCAGCUCUCGAACGGGACAAUUCAGUUCAAUUUCUUCGACAAAUCGAAGCUCAUAUUAUCCUCGAACGCUCGCGUUGUAACAUACCUGAACCGUGACGGUGACUUGGCUGUGUUCUCGUCAUCAACGGCAAUCCUCACAUCAGAGCGACCUGAUCUAGCGAAACGCUUGCGCUAUGCCAAGGACAUGCUGCAACAAAUGGUGCGACCAACGGAACACAAGUGAAAAGUACAAGUAGCUGAGCUGUAGGAGAAUUUGUAGACAUAUCGCGUAAUUAUAAAUCGUCAUGUCAAUACUUUGGUAUCGGUGG